GUCUUGUUGUGUUAUUCCGUGUAAUCAGUAUUUGGAUUUCCCUAUUUGGUGGUUUUUGGUGGUGGUGGGUGGAAAUGGAACACUGCACUUCUAUAAACGUUUUGGGAGAAAUUAGACUCGUUGCACGGGUUCAAGUGUACACAGAGGAACAGUUUGGUUUAUUUAACUCUCUCUGUCUUGAUGUCCACCCUUCGAAACGGAAACUGAAACAAACUAACUUCCUACCAACCAAUCCCGCGUCGGCUGUAACCUGGAUGGUCGCCGAAACUGCAGCGAAACAGAUUUAAAAGAAGGAAAACUACUUUUUCAAAAGAUGUCUGCGGUCUGGCUGCAUGUUGGUCAGUGUGGUAACCAGAUCGGACAGGAAUGGUGGAGAAUUAUUACUGAGGGAGCUGGCCACAGCAUUGAAGCAGACAGGUACCCAUUUCUCAGCAGAGACGGGAAGCUAGGUGCAAUCUGUGUUGACAGUGAGCCCAAGGUGCUACGGAAGGCACAGAAACUAGUGAAACAUGGGUCCUUCAGGGAGUCCAAUCUCAUAGUGGGACAAGAAGGACGGGGCAGUAACUGGGCCUAUGGGUACUACGGCCCCCCCAGUGAGGGGGAGAGAGGGUUGCUACAGAGGACCAUGGAGAGUUUUCGGAAGGAGACAGAGAGGAAGGACUGCUAUUCAGGGACGGUGCUGUUCCACAGUUUGAGUGGGGGGACAGGAGCCGGGCUGGGCGCUCGUCUGUGUGAAGAGAUCAGGGAGGCGUAUCCUCUAGGUCACAUCCUCUCUGUUUCUGUUGCCCCGCACCAGGCAGGGGAGAGCCCACUACAGCACUACAACAAUCUGCUCUGCCUCGCAGCUCUGCAAAGGUCCACUGAUGGAGUUCUGCUGUUCCACAACGAUGAGGCUCUGAGCCGAGUGCUGUCGCUGCAGAGCCGCAUCCCCUCCUCGCUCUCCGGCCCCCAGGCACAGGUCUCCCUGUCCAGCAUGAACUCACACAUAGCCUCCUGUCUGGCUGGCCUGUUGCACCCAGUCCACAACCUCACAACUCCCAGCGGGAUUAGUCUGGGUCUGGAGCCCUGGGAGCUGCUGAGGUCAGUGAGUCCCGUCCCGGCUACUAAGUUCCUGCACACCACCCAGGCACACACCAGAAGCACCGUUCUUUGGGACAGCUUGGCAGCUUCCACCCUCCAGAUGCUACCACGCCACUCUCCAUCUGGCAAACCACACUACAGUUCAGCAGUGCUUGCUGUUGCUCGGGGUGGCCAGAGCAAAUCUUUUCUGUCCUCUCUAGACCCCGUCCUGCGGAGACUGAGGCAUGGUCACCACUGCGCUGCCUGGAACCCCUUCCCCAUCGACUACUGGACAGACCCGCAGGAUGUGGUGAGUCCCAGCCCCUCCUCUUGCUCGCUCACCGUGUGCUCCAACCAUAGCAGUGUGACAGACCUGCUGCAGAGAGUUGGCGAGCGCGCACAUGACAUGUUCCAGGCACGCGCCUACUUGCACUGGUACCACCGCUAUGGCUGUGAGGACCAGGACUUCCUGCAGGCCUUCGACGCGCUGCGGACUGUCACAGAAGAGUACCGUGCAGGGGAGGAGUGAGGAGGACAGCCAAGCAGGCAGGCAGGCAUGAGACAGACAUGGAGGGGCGAGACACAGACAAACACACACAGACACGGAGGAGUGAGACAGACAGACACAGAGGAGUGAGACAGACACAGUCAUGGAGGAGUGAGACAGACAGACAUGGAGGAGUGAGACAGUAUUACAUAUUGUUACCUACUUCAUAUGUUCUUAAUAAUUUCAAAGCAUGAAUGGCAAAAAAAAAAAUCUGUAAAAAUUAUUAAAUGAAUAACUGGAUAUGUCAUUUAACAUGGUAUCUUGAGUGUCAUGCCAUGCCAAAUCAGCAUAUGGUUCAGGGGACACCAUCUAAGAAUGUGAAAAAAUCAUCUGGGCCUGUCUAUUAGACCUAAUACCCCAAUCACAUACUGUAUGUUGCCCUGAUAAUUAGAUAUUUGCGAACUGUAUUACUUUCACGGAACCCAUGCAAAUGUAUAUGCUGAAAAGGGAAGCAUAAGCAGGGGGACCAACUGUCUAAGGUAUUUCAGUCUCCAGCAGUACAAGGGACACAUGUAAUCUAGGAGACUGAAUGAUGAAAUGUGUGGAACUUGCAUGGACAAGCCAUGUGCAACACCAUGUGAUUUGUCAUGCCUGUUUGCCCAACAAGUGUCAUUGGUAUAGAGAUAUGAAAUGAUUGUUUAAAGGUGUUGUGCAAUUUUUUAAAUAAAUUAUGUAUAUAUUGUUUAUUAACAUUGUGAGUCUUUCCCUGAGUCACUGUGAUCGGCACUACAGUUUUUAAACUUGUAGUCUAAAGUCUGGUUCGAACUUACACUCCAGUCUUGCGACUAUUGGGAGACGGGUGAGACAUGUCUAGCUACACUCUUUAAAAGGAUGUUUCAUGCGACAAGAGAAACUAGGAUAGUGUGUAAUCCGAUAAAUUGUUGAUUUUAAAUAAAUAUUUUAGCCUUUCGGGUACUGUGCGAUUUAUUACCCGAUUAUGGUGUGUGCGCUGGUUACAUUGUCAGUCAGUGCUUUAUUGUCUGGGGGUUCGUGAAUAUUAAUUGAUAUCUCAUGCACAAUCCUUUGUGUUGUUGUAGUACUGUUUCAUUUACUGCAUUGAUAUCAUUAUGGACACAAGCAGUUAUAAUGUUAUUGCUCCUUCACUGUAUUGGCUAUUGGCUAUUGGCUAUUAUAAAGUUUUAAAGUGCUGCAGCCGCUUGCCUCCUGUUCAUUUCAUGGGACUAGCCAGCAGGUAAGGAAGAGGUUUGAUUAUCCAUUGGGAAGAUGGUGUUGGAAUUGGGUUGCUAAGUGAGACAUAACAAUUGUAUUUUUUGUUUAGCCUUCCAAUGAGUUAAUUGUCUCUUCAUAAAGUAUUUAAUGUUGUUAAUAAUGUUCUUUGACCUUUUGAAGAUACAGUAAAUUAUUCUUAUUGUUGUUAUUAAGACACUAGGGGAAUACAGUAAAUGUGGGGUUUCAAAAUCUGAUAGAUAGGACUUAAAGAUUGUAGUACAUGCUUUGAACAUAUGGCCUUUAGUAUCCUAAUCUAACCAGCCAUAAUUUCAAUGUGAACAGUUUUACAUUGCCUAAUUUGAGUGUUGUGAGAAAUUCCACACUUCCAGGUUGUACAUCGUGUUUUAAAACUGGAAAAAAAAAUAAUAAUAUGAGGAUCAAAGUCUGAGUAGUCUGGUGGUGUUCUAGUAUUGCAGAUCUGUGCAGUUCUGCUCAGCUGAUUGUGCAUCAAGGCGAUAAGGCGGAGGCAGCUGUCUGCACAGAUCCUGCAGCCUUCAAGUAGCUGUGUGACCCGAGCUGCGGCUGCAGACCACUGAGGUGAUGCAUGCAUCUCAGGGAUAUUUAGCAGUUGUAUCAAAUACUGACACCUUGUUGGAGGAGAAUGAAACUUGGGUUAACGGUUUCCUUCAUUGCUAACUUUUCUUUGUAUCACAUUAGUAAUAAACAUGCAGAAUAUUU